AUGCUCAUUUGGCAUCCGUGGUGGACCUUGCGGAUCCUGGGCGUGGUGCGAUACGGAUUGCGCAUCGACAGCAUCCACAGCCAAGGAAUGCUCGGGCUGAUGAUUCGAUCCGCCACUGGAUCGAGCCAGAUUGGAUACAAGGGCCAAGUCAGCAGCAAGGGAGACAAUCCACAAGGCCCGGGUCUGGUCUCCCCGGCAUCAGACACAUCCCAAUAUCCCACCGUCCCAGCAUCCCAACGUGCCAAGCCGACCCAGCAGAUGGACGACCCCUUUGACGAGUUCCUCAGGCAAGCAGACCUGGCCAAAUACAAGGAUGUCUUCCUGGAGAACGAAUACGACAGCGUCGACCUGCUGCUCGCCCUUGAGGUGUCUGACAUGAAGGAGAUUGGAAUGAAGCCCGGCGCCAUCAAGAAGCUCCAGAUGGCGCAGAAGCAGCACGAGCAGACCCAUACCCAAAGCGCAAUCCCGACAUCCUCGCAGACACACACACAGCCGCCACCCCAGUCCCAGCCCAACGAAGUCGUUGUUCAGGAGCCCACCAGAGUCCUCACUGCCAACGACUACGUUCCAGCGCACCCUCUGGAUGGCUGGGUCUGCCAGAACAACUUUACGUCUCACGAAGUCUUCAUCAGGUGGCGUUGA